AUGUCUUCCCGCGCCUCGGAUAAUGCCGAGACUCAAGCCAAGUUCGCUAGCGCAUUACCUGCAGCUGAGCCUCCAAUCAACCGACAACAUCUGAACGACGUGUAUGGGCAGAGCAAAGAAAAUAAUGAAAAGCUUGCUGUCGAAGAAGCUGUUGAAGCUGAUGCCGAUCUCGAAAAUGAGGAUGACCCCGAGAUUAGCCAAAUCCCUCCCGAGGUCAGGAGAGUCGUCAGUCUCCACGACGACACAACUCUCCCUACCCUCACCUUUCGAUACUUUGUCCUCUCCAUCAUCUUCGUUGUUCCAGGCGCCUUUCUUUCGCAGAUGAACAGUUUCCGAACCACGUACGCUCCGUAUUCUGUCUUCUUCGUCCAGAUCGCAUCCAACUAUGUCGGCCUCUGGCUUGCCCGCAUUCUUCCCAGCCGCCAAGUCCGCAUUCCCUUUACCAAGCGGACCUUCAGUCUCAAUCCCGGUCCAUGGUCCAUGAAAGAGCAUGUGUUGGUUACCAUUACCGCAGCUUCUGGAGCUACCGGCAAUCUUGCGACCACGCCCAUCGCUCUCAGUGAUCUCUAUUUUAACCAUAGAGUUCACCCGGCCGCCGCCAUCUUCUUCAUGUGGUCGAUUGAUGCCGUCGGAUACGCAUUCGCUGCCAUCGCGCGCCAAGUCUUGCUCUACGAGCCCGCCUACCCCUGGUUCCAGGCCCUUUGCCAAACCGCGCUCUUCGAGACGCAAAACAGUCAGAACAAGAACCCCACCCCAUCAGCACGUAAGCAGAUGCGCGUCUUCUGGUGGGUGCUUCUGGCCGUCACCCUAUGGCAAUUCCUUCCCGAAUACGCAUUCCCGAUGCUGAGUUCAAUGGCCUUCCUCUGCUGGGUCGCCCCGCACAAUCCUGUGGCCAACUUCGUCGGAUCCGGUCUCGGCGGCAUGGGAUUUUUGAACCUAAGUUUCGACUGGGCCAACAUCAGCAACUACCUCGCCGGUGUUCCGCUGUUUCUGAGCCCCUGGUGGUCGCAAGUCGUGCUCUUCUGCUCCUUCGUCAUGUGCUGCUGGGUCUUGCUUCCCGCCGCGAAAUACGGAAAUCUGGGCGGCUACCCCCAUUGCCUGAUGACGAACCGGGCCUGCACGACUAACGGGACGCGAUACCCUGUCGUGCAACUCGUCACGGCGCAGAAUACGUUCAACCAGACGGCGUACGAAGAGAACGGGCCCCUGCAUCUUGGCGUCCACUUUAUCUGGACGAUCUUCUUCGAUUAUGCGUCUUAUAUCUCGGCUUACUCGUGGAUCGCCUUCUUCGGAGCCGGUCGGAUCAAGGAGGCAUACCAGAAGUUCCGGGCUCGUCAGAGUCAUGCAGGGCAAGGAAUAAACCAUCAGUGUACGUUAUUAUAUCCUCAACUAGACCAUGCAAUUCAACUCAAUGUCCUGAUGCGAUCAUAUAAAGAAGUCCCUCUAUGGUGGUAUCUGGCGUUGUUCGCUAUGGCAUUCGUAUCCAUCAUGACGAUUGUCGCACUCGACAUCAUGUUCAUCCCCUGGUGGACCUUUUUAGUCGCGCUCGCGACUGGAGCCCUUAUCGUCGUACCGCUCGGCUGGCUCUAUGCCAUCAGUAAUUUCCAGUUGCCUAUCGGGACGUUUAACGAGUUAUUGUACGGCACAAUGGUACAGAACUUGACCCACAAUCGCAGCCCCAUCGGAGCUAGUGUUUACGGCGCCAUAGCUGGCGAUGCAUGGUAUCGAGCCCAAUACAUGUUACAGGACCAGAAGAUUGGCCAUUACUGCCAUGUUCCGCAACGCGCUGUCUUCUUCUCCCAGGUUUUCGGGAUCACCAUGGGCGUGCCGAUCAACUACGCCGCCAUGCGAUGGAUUCUUGAUACGAAGCGCGACUAUCUGACGGGAGCUAUUGAGGAUCCAGCUCAUAUUUGGACUGGACAGUCGCUGUCAUCCUCUUUAUCUCUGGGCGUACAAUAUGUUCUUAUCGGCCCAACCCGACUGUUCCAACAAGCAGAGAUGCGACCCCUCCCCUACGCCUUCCUCGUCGGCGCUGCCUGCCCAGCGCUUAUAUACCUUCUCCACCGAUUACUCCCUCGUGCCAAGUUCCACCUCUGGAACACCACCAUCUUCUUCAGCGGCGCUUCCAUCUUUUACGGAAACGUGUCGACGGGAUACUUCUCGCGUUUCAUAGGCGGGUUCGUGGUCAUGUACUGGGCGUAUCGGUACCGCUACAAGCUAUGGGCGAAGUACAACUUCAUCCUCGCCGCCGCCUUCGACGCAGGCUUCAACCUCAACAUGUUGCUCGUGUUCUUGAUUUUCGGCAGCGCAAAGGUCAUCGGUAUGCCAAAUUGGUGGGGUAAUGAUGCGGAGAGCGUGGAAAAGUGCUACGCGCUCUAA